GGCUGUAUGUACCGAGUAGUUCAGACGACGGGACCAGAUGGAAAAAACCUUCUGAAAUUACUUCCAAUUUCUAAAUCUUCUGGAAACUUUAUGUCAGUAGUUCAGUCUUCAGCCAUGCCAAAUAAUUCUAAAGCGAAUAUUUCCAGUCCAGUCCAUCUUACUUUUAAGACGCAGCUUGCCAAUACUACUGCACCUUCAUCUGUUAAGAUACCAGUUUUUCAGUCUCCUAAUCCUGGAAAGAUUAUUCUUACAAGGGCAUUAGACAACCAGGAAAACAUUAGGGCAGGUUCCGAAAACGAAAGCUUAAUUCCAAAAUCGACUGCUAACGUCCAGAGCAGUUGUGUUUCAGUCGAUAGACUGUCUUUGCAGAACAUUGCUGUAACGAGUUCGUCUAACCAGAGUAACACCGCGUACAUGUUGGUAAACCCCAAAACUCUUCCAGUUGCUGUGACGUCUUCAGUGCUGCUCUCUGGCCACCACCUCCAGAUACCGGCUGAUGCAGAAGUGAAAUCUGUCCCAGCUUCUUUAUUACCACCUGCAAUACAGCAAAAAAUACUGGCGGCGGCAGCAACGAAUGCGUCUGGAGGUGCUGACAGUACAAAAAUGCCGUCUGUUAUUUACGUGUCGCCGGUGAACACAGUGAAAACAGUGCUGCCCAAGUGUUUGCAACCCGUCUGCCCAAAACCCGCCACGGAGGUUUCAAAAACGUUAGUAAUGACAACUGCGCAAAAGGGGAAUAGCUCUUCUCCCGAGACGGUAACAGCCGAUGGGCAGCAGUGCCAACAAACUCCGAUGAAAUGGAUUGUGCAAGAAAGCCCGCAGUCAGCAGCGCCUUGCCUUAUUCCUGUGAAGUCAUCGAACAAUGUGGCUUCCAAGAUCUUGAAAACUUUUGCAGACAUGAAGAACGUAGAACUUAACUCGGCAAAUAUUUUACCGCACUGUUCGAGCGGUCCCGGUGGAAGCCAAACAAAAAUCACACCGCUUAAAGAUAACGCUCUGGUCAUGUACAACGGGAAAGUCUAUCUGUUGACCAAAAGAGGCUCGGAUGUUUUGUCAACCCAAGCUGACAAACAGGCAUCUUCCUCUUCUGAUGCUUCGCUUAAAAAGGAGACACCCAAGCUCAUUGAUUCGACCGCAGUCAAUAAAAUAACCAAUGAAGUAGUGAAUCUGGUGUUGUCCAAAAAUAAAGGAAUGGCGCUGUCUCAGAAAGAUCCAAAACUCUGUACAAACCCUGUAAUUUCUCCACCUUCAAGUCUGGUUGCGCCAAAUCCUAAUGAGCAAAAUUCCGCUGUAAAGGAGAGAAAGAGUUUGCCCUUCACCGAGAGCAUUUCGAGUGGAGUCACCCCCGUUACAGCAGUAGAGACGCAGGAAAACGUGUGCCAAAACGGCCGAGAAAACAUUCAUUCCCCCAAAGCAGCGAGUGCUGUUUUCCCUCAGUUUAAGCAAGAGUGUGCUUUCAGUGAAGACUGGCAAAAGAUCCAGUGUGAAAAGAUGGAUACACCAGGAGGGGUUACUCAAAUCAAAUGCCAAGAGAAGCCACAUUGGAAAGAACACUUGGAAAUAAGGAAAAAAUUUGGUCUCUUUAAGGAGGAGAGAGUGUACCUUAAGAAAAUACCAUUAAGGACCUCCCUUGAGAAUCCAGAAGAAAGGGUUUGUUCCAGUAACAGCUCGAAAAGGAAAAACGAUUCUUGCAGUUCAUUGCUGUUAGAUGUGGAGAUAACAGAUCAACACAAGGAAUAUGUUAAAGAGGAAAAGAAAAUUGUGGAUCUGGAAGAGGAUUUGCCUAAGAAAAGAAAAAUAAAAUCCUCACCGCUGUCAGACAGUGGAAGGAGACGGAAAACUUCAGUCAAAUCUAGCCCAAGUUCUGAAAACACCAUCUCGAGUUCCACUGUCCCUAGCAGAAGUGUUUCACCUCCAACGGUCGUACCACAGCAAAGCAACUCCACAGACUUUGUUACGUCUUCUCUAGGGAGGGACGCUGAGCAGGACCCGUACUCGCAGUACGGUGACGUUACAGACUCAAGUGUUCCGGUCCCGGUGUCUUCUGAAGAUACUUCAGUUCUUGAAGGUUCCUUCCGAGAUGAUGCUUUCCCUCUGGCUCCCCCGGAUUUGGAUGAAACAAUACGGGAUGAAAAAAUUAAACGACUCAAGCAGCUCUUAAGAGAACGAGGAGCGGCGCUUGAGGAGAUGCGUAGGAAGAUGCAGCAGAGCUGA